UUGACGGGCCGGAUUGCGCCCGAAAGUAGUAGUCGCGCCGCUCUGCUGCUACUCGCGAAACCACGGCAAGGCAUCAAGCAUGGCCGCCGGCGCCCGCGCGACGCCGACGCGGACACCGCCGCGCCCCUCCUCGCCGGCGCCCCGCACCGAGGCGGUGGUCCCGCCGGACUGGGCCUCCUCCGUGACCCUCGUCUCCUCCCACCCGACGCCUCCGGUCGUCGUCGUGUGCGGGCCCAAGAACAGCGGCAAGUCCACCUUCUCACGCAUCCUCCUCAACGCGCUGCUCCCCAGGCACGGGAAGGUUGCUUAUCUGGACACCGACGUGGGGCAGCCGGAGUUCGCGCUGCCUGGGUGCAUCUCCUUCCACAUCGUUGACGAAGCUCUCGAAGAUUUGCUGAACCCAACUCUACGGGAAGCAGAAAGGUGUUGCUUCUUUGGUGACAUUUCUUCAAAAAGAGAUCCAGAAGCAUAUCUGAAUUGCCUAUUCCAUUUGUAUGACUACUUCGUUGGAAAAUAUCGGUGUGAUGAGAAUGAAAUGCUGCCUCUAAUUGUCAACACUCCUGGCUGGGUAAAAGGUGCUGGUUUCGAUAUGCUCGUAGAGAUGCUAAGAUAUAUCUGCCCCACAAUUGUUGUUCAGAUACGCAUCACAGCGCAGAGCAAGAAUCUCCCUGAUGGAAUGUUUUGGCUCGAGGAUGAGCAAACAGGACCUGAGAUGAUUAACAUCAAUGCUGCAUUUCAUGAUGCCUUGAAUAGAUCGUUGUUAAUUCAGAAAGAUUCAUGUGGGAUGCGUGAACGGCGUCUUGUGGAGUUCUUGAAGCAAUGUUUUCCAAGCAACAUAUCUCUAUCAACUAAUAAGGAACUUGCUUAUGCCCUAGCUUCAAUUCCACCUUAUCAAGUACCAUUUUCAGAUGUUACAGUUGUGCAUCUUCAUUGCGAGGUACCUGCUGGUGAGAUAUGGCGUAGUCUGAAUGCAACAAUAGUUGGUUUGGCAAUUUCCAAUGUAUCUGAGGCCAGUAGAUCAAUCCCAUACUGUGUUGGGCUAGGGAUUGUAAGAGGCAUUGAUGUUCAAAAAGGCCUGUUGUAUGUAAUAACUCCUGUCCCUCUCGAACGUCUGCAAAGUGUAGAUCUCUUGCAGCAGGGGCUCAUUGAGAUACCAACUACACUUUUGCAGGUCCGUGGAUGUGUGUCGCCAUACAUGUCGACAAAUGUACUGCACAAGAUAUCAGAAAGGGAUUUAUAUGCUGGUGAUGGUUAGCACAGGCAGGCAGCAUGCUGUGUCCAAGGGAAAGAGAAGAACGGCGCCCCCGCGCGCGCAGCGCCAAACCUUUAUUAUCUUCUGGUUUCUGACCUGGACGGCCACCUCCUAGAUUCAGAUUCAGCUAUAGCAUAGAUUUGUGACCUGUGCAAUUGCCAUCUCAGAUUCGUCGUUGCACUCACGCUUCUAGGAGAUCUGAAUGUAACUUCCUGGGUACAUUGAGAUUUCAUAUUUUUAUGGCAAGUUACUCCUGGUUUUGCUUUGAA